CCUCGAGAUACAAAAACAUGGCUGAAGUCGCGGGCUCUGUCGCCACCCCAGCCCAACCUCCGGCAACAGAAGAGGAGUACGGCGAAGGAGAGUGGGAAGGAGAAUACGAUGAGGAUGAACUUGAGGACGAAGAAGACAUAGAUGCCGCGGCAGCGGCCAUCGCGCAGAAACUGGAGGCUGAGCUUUGGGCGGAUAUCCAGCGCGUCAACGGCUCGUCUACACCCGCUGCUGGGUCUGGAUCUCAUCCACCCCCACCUAUGCCGCAGGCGCAACCCGUCCAAGGUCGGCCGAUCCAGAUGCCCACCACACCUCCAACCGCGCAGGAGCUAGCGACUGUCAACACCGUGCGCGUCGUCAUCGCGACUCUGGAACGCGACUCGGUAGCCCUUGCUACGUUCGCCAGCUCUACGAUCCCCGAUCUCGGGGGCCCAAGUGUCCUGGACGUGUUACGCGACAUCUCUGGGUCAGGGAGAAUCCCGCAUGGUCUCGCGGGGUACAUCACUCGCUUUGUCGUGGCGCUGGCAAAAUCCGAGUCCCUUUUCGGUGGGAUGAAGAACUCAGAAGUUCCGAGUCAGACACUGAGGCAGAAGCGCAAACGGGAAGAGGACGAAGAGCAGGAGUACGCGAACAAACGCGCCCACGUUGCAGCGCCUGCACACCCGACUCCACUCCUCGGGACGACGACAACUCUGGAAAGCGAGAUCUCUGCUGCUGUGCGGAAGAUCUCGCAGACGAUCAAGGACGUGAGCGAUGCGCUCAGCCCCGCUCUCGUCACCUCGAUCCAGCCUCAGCUCCAUCGCAUCUUUCUCUUCGCCGUGAGCUCGUCACAGCCCCCUGGGAUCUAUACUGCUCCGCUGCAAGAGAUCGGUGGGCUCAUCCAGGUCAUCGGCCUACUCGGACACACUGAAAUCGUGCCGAAGGACUCCAUCCCGUCCAGCAACAACAACACCUUCCUCGCAUCUGUCUACCCGUGUCUAGUCGACGGAUGUGGCAAGUUCUAUACUCGCUCCGACGGACUGCGCGAGCACCAGAAGUUCGUGCACGAGGGUAUGCCGCCCCGCGCCGUGAAUCGGGCGGGGGAGAGCGAGGUGGAUGGGAAUAUGGUGGCGACGGCUAGGACGGUUGUCCUUUCUUUGCACUCACCAUUGCAGGUGCUGGUCGCGAAUGCUUUGAGUGCCUCGGCCCAGCCUGCGAAUGGAGCAGUCUCUUCGCCAGGCAUCGCUCCUGCUGUUCCAGCUCCAGGCGCAUCAUCUGCUUCUGUCUCAACUCCUAUCGCAUCACCUGCUGUUGUUCCUCCCUCGACAGCCCCCGCUACGCCCGUUCCCCCUCCAAUUGUCGCUGCAGCGGCGUCCCCUUUAGUAGCUGCAUCACCCCCAGCAGCGAUUCCACCCCCAGUCACUGCCGCAGCCUUCCCACCUCCUGUCGUGUCCGCCGCAGCUCUCCCAGCCCCAAGCGCUCAGCUCACCUCAGACGUUACGACUGCCAUUGCUACCCCUGACGCACUGGAGAAGCCUACCAGUAGCGAGACGAUAACGGACGAAGACACUUUAGCUCUCGAAGAAGCACUUGCCGCCGCCGCCGCCCAGGCCGAGGCGGAGCUUCUCGAAGCGGACGAAGACGACGACGAAGACUUUGAUGACUACGAGGAGGUGCUUCCGGAGAUGUACAGUGCGGCCCCAUAGUCAAUGCUCGGUAUCCUAGCCACAGGCCGAUGCUUUGUUUUGUGCUUCACCCAUCCUGCCUGUUCGAGGGCGGCAUGUUCGUGGUAUGCCUGCUUCUCAGCGGGCGAACGAGAGUCCCACUCUUGCCUUAUCCACUGCGCGAUCGUCGACUGUCCCCGUGGCAUUGACCACAGCGACCGCUUCGGCAGCUGGGUGCCUGCGGAUGAUGACUUGGGCGGCAUCGUUUUUGUUAGGGAGCCUGGUGCUGACAGUCAGCGAGGGUGAAAAGAGUGGUCGGGCUGUCACCCACCGGGGGCUGGCUGAGUGUAGAACAGCUACUACGCGCGAGAAGCAGCCUCGCAGUGAUAUACUCAUGCCUUCCAAGAGCCUUACUAAAGUGCUCAGGGAUGCUCCCUUCGAGCUCGGUAUCAGCGCUCAAGACAAACGAACGGCCUAAUCCGGAAGCCGAGAAGUAUGCCUCGCGGGCCGCAGCGGAAGUAUCCAGUGAUCACGACGGAACGCAGCGGUAAUCAUGAAUGGGAUCAGACGCAGUGUUAUCAUUUCUCUUGUAACGCUGAAAUCGGCAUAUUUUAACUGUAUAUGUCCUGUCUCACUGUGUUUUGGUGACUGAGCGAUGCAGUCCAUAUUACAAGCACAAAGGCUUGGCGCGCAGUAAAACACUGUUUCCAGUCUGAAAAGCUGCCCAGAGCGCUUGGACGAUCGAAUCUGGGUCAAAAUGCUCACAAUGCGAGAGCCUGAACGCAACAUGAGACAUGAGACCAAGUGUCUGAUGGCUAGACUCGGUCCAGUCGCUUCAGUAAUGAUGAUGACUGUUUUUUCCCCGCGGAACAGCGACUGGCUGAAGUCCAAUUGUUGAUGGUCUUAACCUCUCUGCUGGCCAGCGCUCGAAUGAUCAUAUUGUCUACCGCCGUUGCGCGGAUCGGCAGCCACUCACGCUGCAGGGGAAGAUUCAACUUAGCGGGUCGAGAGCAUCCGAUCCUGCCGCCCUUCGAAUGUUCAGAGAUCGUGCUGACAACAUGAUCAGGCACUCUCACAAGGACACCCCAGGGACCUCCAAUUAUUACGUAAAAUGGCUUCGAGGCCCCCUCCGGAGGCCAUCAAACCACCCCCUACCCCCC